CUCAAAUGGCAGUUGGUACGAAAUUCCACAAUACUCUGAAAAACUAUUUCACACAACCAAAAUCUCAGCUUCGUAUUGAGAAAGAAGUUGAGGGUGUUUGGACUUCUGUGAAUGACAUCCUCAAGAGUAUAUCGGCACCUAAAGCAAUAGAAUCCAAUGUUGUACAUCCUGUACUGAAAUACAGAGGGGUAUUUGAUGCCAUUGCUGAUUACGAAGAAAAACCAACGUUGAUAGAAUGGAAGAAAUCUGACAAACCACGCAAAUCGAUCGCCUUAACCUACGACAAUCCAGUACAGUUAGCGGCGUACUUUGGCGCCGUUUGUAACGACCUCAACUACAAACACUUAAACGUUAGAGACGCAUUGUGGAAAGAGAUUAUUCGAAGAGGAUAUCGGGAAUCUCCAGUAAUUUACGCGGAGUUUUCAAAUAAGAAUGAAUAA